GGGGCUGCAUUCAGGAACAAGGGUCAAGGUUGGGGCCGAGGACGAAGUUGCAGUCUGAGACCUAAUUCCAGAAUUUAGAAUUGAGGUUUCAAGCCAGACUGGGGGUUGAGAUCCAGGGCUGGGACCAGAAUGGGAUUUGGAAAUGGGGCUGGGGGAGAAGGUUGGCAUUUGAGAUUCAGGGUUCGGCUGAGAUGUGGGUAGGGGCCUCGGUUGGAGCUAGGAGUUCUGGUUAGUGUUUGAAACUGCAGUUGGGAUUGCGUUUAGGGCUGGAGCUAAGGCUAAACAGGGGCCGGAGCUGGGGGAUGGGUUCGGGCCCAGGCGCUGGGGCUGAUGGACAGCAUUCCUCCCGCUGCCCAGAUCUGGGAAUUGUGUUCGAGCCCUAACAGCGGCAGCCAGAAGCCCCUCCCUUCCCAGGAAUGCCUCAGCCCAGCUGAAGGAGCACUGCCACGUCAGCCAAUCGGCUCAGGCCCUGCCUUGAAAACACCUGUUGGUCCUCCUCCCCCUCCCUCCCUCGGGCUCACCUAGGCGCAGGUGAGGCAGAUGAAGCACCUCCCCCGGAAACGGAGCUGGAGCGCCCCACCUGACGGCCCUGCCAGCUCAGAUCGGAUCCAGCACUGCCAGGCUUCUUGAGCCAGCAGUGACAGCUGAGGCCAUGUGAGUCCUGAAUGAGGCUUUAUCCAAGCCUGCAUCCAGCGCCCUCGUCCACCGUGGCACCAGCUCCCUCGGCCAGCCGGGAUGGGACAGGCGACUGAGAGAGCCAGAGCCAGAAAGGAGGUGGUGAGCAUCCCCUGGACCCUUCGAGGAACAGGCCUCUGGGCCUCUGGCUGCCACGCAGGCGGUGGGGGCUCCAGGCCAUGACCCGCACCUCUGACCCCUGACGCUGCCCUCUGCCCUUCUAGCGGUGCCAGCUCAGCCAUGCCUGGGAGAGAGGCUCAGGCCCCACUGGGCCGGAGGCUGCCUCCGGAUGUGCUGGCCGAGCAGGUGGAGCUGUGGUGGUCCCAGCAGCCGCGGCGCUCGGCACUCUGCUUUGCUGUGGCCGUGGGCCUCGUGGCGGGCUGUGGGGCGGGUGGAGUGGCCCUGCUCUCCUCCACCAGCAGUCGCUCGGGCGAGUGGCGCCUGGCGGUGGGCACAGUGCUCUGCCUGCUGGCCCUGCUGGUCCUGGUUAAGCAGCUGAUGAGCUCAGCCGUGCAGGACAUGAACUGCCUCCGCCAGCCCCACCACGUGGCCCUGCUGCGCAGCGGCGGAGGUGCCGACGCCCUGGUCGUGCUGCUCAGCGGCCUGGUGCUACUGGUCACCGGCCUGACACUGGCGGGGCUGGCCACGGCCCCGGCCCCUGCCCGGCCGCUGGCAGCCAUGCUGUCCGUGGGCAUCACCCUGGCUGCCUCGGGCGGGCUCUUGCUGCUGGGCCUGCUGCUGUAUCAGGUGGCCGUGAGUGGACACUGCCCCCCGACACGUGCGGCCGCCCCCUCCACCCACAGUGGCCUCAGUGCCAACAGCAGUGUCUUCAGCAUCUCAGGACAGUUGUCCACUGGUCAGCGUCACGAGACCACAUCCAGCAUCGCCAGCCUCAUCUGACCAAGCCCGAGCCUGCCUCAGCCUCCACAGAACCGUGCCUGGGCACGAGUGAGUGUGUGUGCACACUCAUGGAGGGAGAGUGACUCUAUGCAUAUGCGUGUCCCCAGGACUGCCCAGCCCUCCAAGGGACUGUGUGAUGAGGAGCCAGCAUGCACCCACACACCCACACCACGGAGAGGGGACUGCUCCUCCCCGGGGCUCCCGGAACCCUCAGAGUCUGCCCAUCUGGCCUCGGGGCAGAGAAGGGUCUGGGAUCCCUGAAGAUCCUUGGCCCCUCUUCCUGACACCCCUCAAAGCCAACUCUGUAGCACCCGCCACGGCUCUGCCCACACCAGAGACUGCCCCAGUGAGCCCCCUUCAUCGAGGAGGCUGAGUGGUGGCAAAGUGAAAAUUACACCGGCUCCGGAGUGGCAGGCCUGGGCUGCAGCCUCCCCUCCACCCCUCAGCAGCUGGGGGCCUUGGGCAAGCGUCUCAACCUCUCUGAGACCCGGUUUCUCAAGAGUCACGGGUGUGCUCGUGGCCAUCCACUGUCAGGAUCGGACGAUCUCUCGUGUAGAAGGUCCAGGCACAUGGCAGAUGUGCAAUAAAAGUCGUGGCUGCUGUU